AAUCUGAGGGAGAUUCUCCAAAAUCUAGAGGCUGCCAAAAUUAAGAAGACGUUGAUGGAUUUGGAAAGUAAUUGGCGAGAUCUUCAUUUUACUCCCAACUCUUUCCACUGCAUAUGACUGACUCGGUUGCUUGAAGAGAAGGAAACGGCAAUUGGAAGAGGUCCCUACCCAGACUGCUUUGGAAUCAUGAGAGAUGAAAUUGCAACAGCAGUUUUUUUUGUCACAAGACUGGCGAAAAAGCACGAGAAACUGAGUACCCAGCAGAUAGAAACCUUCGCGCUGAAGCUGAUGACUGUCUUGUUUGAAAAGUACAGAGGUCACUGGCACCCUGACUGCCCUUCUAAGGGGCAGGCUUUUAGGUGUAUCAGGAUAAACAACAAUGAGAAUAAAGACCCUGUUUUAGAAAGGGCUUGUUCUGAGAGUAAUGUGAAUUUUUUUCAUCUGGGACUUCCAAAGGAGAUGACCAUAUGGGUCGAUCCCUUUGAGGUGUGCUGUAGGUAUGGUGAGAAAAAGCAUCCCUUCACAAUUGCUUCUUUUAAAGGUAGAUGGGAGAACUGGGAAUUAGCUCAGAACGUCAGCUGUGCAGUUAACAGAGCCACAGGAGACUGCUCUCCCGGCGCAUCUUCUGAUGAGGAGAGCUGCGGCAGGGAGGCCCAGGCCAUCCCCAAAGUGAACAACCCCAAGAGCAUCUACCAGGUUGAAAACUUCAAACCGCCCUUCCAGCCGUGGCUCUGCCUCCCCCGCAGAAAGCAUUUGGCAGAUGGUCAUGGCUGCCUCCUGGGGGCUGCUUACCACCCAAUGCCCAAGAACUCGAAGUGGUGCAGGCAUGCUGGGCAUCGGGUGGACAGGUAUCACUGGGUCAACACACAGAUGAUCAGUGGUCAGACAGCACCAGGCGAGCUUGGAGGAGAGGCCUUGUCUUCCCGAAAGCAAAAAUGAGGCUAGAGCUAAGAAAUACUCCCAGUAAAAAAACACAACACACAAAACAAACGGCUGCUUCGGGGAUGUGAGCACACAAGGCCACCCUUGCACACAGAACUGCUUCAGGGAUGUGAGUGUACAAGGCCGUCCGUGCACACAGAUUGCCACCUGACUUUUAGCUACUUUUAAUUCUCAUUUUACUUUAUGUAACGUUUUAUGAACACUAGUGAAUAUAUGUGCCUAGUAAAGUGAUAGAAUGAAGAUAUUGCCUGUGAUAAAAUAAAAUGAAUUUUAGGAAGAAAGACUUGAAA